GCUCUGCCUGCCGGGGCCGCCCGGCCUCGCCGCACUCGCCGCGGAGACCGAGCGGAGCGGAGCCGCAGCCCCCAGCGCCAUUGCCGCCCUCAGCCCGCCAUGGCAGGAGCUGUUGAUGGGAAGGACGCGCUGAUGUCCCAGCUGGAUUACUGAGCUCCUCAGUGACUCCUGGAGCUGCUGCUGCUGGAAUAAGGAGCUGUCCUUCAUUCUUGGCCUGUCCCUGAGGCGCCUCCUGGGUGCUGCAUGCAAGUCCUGGACGUGCUGGACACCAUGGGGAUUGGCAAGAACACCACGGCCAAGUCGGUGGAGGCAGGAGGGGGCUCCACAGAGGGCAAAUAUGAGGAUGAGUCCAAGCACCCCACCUUCUUCACCCUGCCUGUGGUGAUAAACGGUGGAGCCACGUCCAGCGGUGACCAGGACACAGAGGACACGGAGCUGAUGGCCAUCUACACCACGGAGAAUGGCAUAGCAGAGAAGAGCUCCCUGGCAGAGACCCUGGACAGCAGUGGCAGCCUGGAUGCCCAGAGGACUGACAUGAUUUACACCAUUGAGGAUGUUCCUCCCUGGUACCUCUGCAUCUUCCUGGGCUUGCAGCACUACCUGACGUGUUUCAGCGGGACCAUCGCCGUGCCCUUCCUGCUGGCCGAUGCCAUGUGCGUGGGCUUCGACCAGUGGGCCACCAGCCAGCUCAUCGGGACCAUCUUCUUCUGCGUGGGCAUCACCACCCUGCUGCAGACCACCUUCGGCUGCAGGUUACCCCUGUUCCAAGCCAGUGCUUUUGCAUUCUUAGCACCUGCCAGAGCAAUUCUCUCCCUGGAGAAGUGGAAGUGCAAUAACACAGAUGUAACAGUUGCAAACGGAACGGCAGAGCUGCUGCACACCGAGCACAUCUGGUACCCCCGGAUACGAGAGAUCCAAGGUGCCAUCAUCAUGUCCUCGCUGAUCGAGGUGGUGAUCGGGCUGCUGGGGCUGCCCGGGGCCCUGCUGCGCUACAUCGGGCCGCUGACCAUCACCCCCACCGUGGCCCUCAUCGGCCUCUCGGGCUUCCAGGCUGCAGGGGAGAGAGCUGGCAAGCACUGGGGCAUCGCCAUGCUGACUAUUUUCCUAGUGCUGUUGUUCUCCCAGUAUGCCAGAAAUGUCAAAUUUCCCUUGCCCAUUUAUAAAUCCAAGAAAGGAUGGACAGCAUACCGGCUGCAGCUUUUCAAGAUGUUCCCUAUCAUCCUGGCCAUCCUGGUGUCGUGGCUGCUGUGCUUCAUCUUCACGGUGACCGACGUGUUCCCCCCGGACAGCUCCAAGUACGGAUUCUACGCGCGCACGGACGCGCGGCGCGGCGUGCUGCUGGUGGCGCCGUGGUUCAAGGUGCCCUACCCCUUCCAGUGGGGGCUGCCCACCAUCUCUGCAGCGGGAGUGAUCGGCAUGCUCAGCGCCGUGGUGGCCAGCAUCAUCGAGUCCAUCGGCGACUACUACGCGUGUGCCAGGCUCUCCUGUGCUCCUCCUCCUCCCAUCCACGCCAUCAACAGGGGGAUUUUCAUCGAGGGGCUCUCCUGUGUUCUGGAUGGAGUGUUUGGGACAGGGAAUGGAUCCACCUCCUCCAGCCCCAACAUUGGGGUCCUGGGCAUCACAAAGGUCGGCAGCCGCAGGGUGAUCCAGUACGGAGCUGCCUUCAUGCUGCUGCUGGGCAUGGUGGGCAAGUUCAGCGCGCUCUUCGCAUCGCUGCCCGACCCCGUGCUGGGCGCCCUCUUCUGCACCCUCUUUGGGAUGAUCACGGCCGUGGGCCUGUCCAACCUGCAGUUCAUCGAUCUCAAUUCCUCUCGGAACCUCUUCGUGCUGGGAUUUUCCAUCUUCUUUGGGCUCGUGCUCCCCAGCUACCUGAAACAGAACCCCCUGGUCACAGGAAUUGCAGGCAUUGAUCAGGUGCUGAACGUGCUGCUCACCACGGCCAUGUUCGUCGGGGGCUGCGUGGCCUUCGUGCUGGACAACACCAUCCCAGGAAGCCCCGAGGAGAGGGGGAUUCGGAAGUGGAAGAAAGGGGUUGGCAAAGGCAGCAAAUCCCUGGAUGGCAUGGAAACCUAUGAUCUGCCUUUUGGCAUGAACUUCAUUAAAAAGUACAGGUGUUUCAGCUUCCUGCCCAUCAGCCCCACCUUCGUGGGCUACACGUGGAAAGGCUUCAGGAAAAGCAGCAGCUGCAGGAGUUCAGAUGAAGACUCUGAAGCUACAGUAUAGCCUUAGCUGAAAUUAUAUUAUCUAGUUGUAGUCAGAGAUGUAUUUGCAGUUUCUUGCUGAUUAAGAAGCAUUAAAAUAUAUGUUUUGUAUAUCUGCAUUUAAAUUCUGGAACCAGAGCUGAGACGGAUUUAAAAAAAAGAGAAAAAAGAAAAAAAAAAAAAAGCUUUUCCUGCUGUGGGUGCUGGGAGCCAGGUCUGGUGUCUCUGGGGCAAAUCCUGCUGAUUUUGGGGACUUGGAGAGAGCUGUGCCCCUGAUUAUUCUGUUGGUAACUUGGAGAGAGCUGUGCCCCUGAUUAUUCUGUUGGGAACUUGGAGAGAGCUGUGCCCCUAAUGAUUCUGUUGGUUUUUAAUGGGUUUAGGUGGAGUUGUGGAGGUGCUGCUGCAAAUUUUUGGUUUUUAUUGUGGUUUUAUUGGAGCCCUCAGCGUUGGUUAUGCCAGGAAAGCUGAACCUUGGAGAAGGAGGGAGGGGAAAAGGGAGAAAAGGAGAAAUAUUUCCCUCAGCUCCCGUCAGGUGCCGCGGAUGCUGCUCAGUGAUUGCACAUUGCCGGUGCCCUGGAAACGGCUCAGCUGAUGCUGGCAGCUCAGAGAGUUCCAUUCUGUGCGUUCGGUGACACAGCAGAGCUCAGACAGGAACUUUCUGGAAUUGCUCUGCCUCUGGGAGCCGCGGCUGGCUCGGUCUGCAGCAGCCCCUUCCUUUCCUGGCAGCAUUUCUCAGUUCUGCACCUCUGCCUUCCCCA